GGUAGAGCACAUGACUGCCUGUUGCCCUACCUCCUGGCGUACCUUCUGACUUCCCUACGGCGUACGGCUAAAAAGGACAGAUCAUCCAGAAACAUAGACAUAGAAGGGCAGUUCAACUCAGUACUGCAGGUUAUGUGUAUAUAUUACGUGCCCAGGGCUGAACCGGUGAAGGUCGUUCCUUGCGUCUGUAGGUCGGGAUUUAGGAGGUCAAUGUCCGUGAUUAACAUAAAGGCAACAGGAGUGACCUUACUCCUGUUGUUAUCUUUCAACUGCGCUUAUGCCCUGUACUCCAAAAGCGAUGCCGUUGUGGAGCUGACAUCUGCCAAUUUUGAUAAGCUUGUCUUGCAAUCAGAUGGAGUCGCAGUGGUGGAGUUCUACGCCCCCUGGUGCGGACACUGCCAGUCGCUGGCACCGCAGUACAAGAAGGUGGCAGCUAACCUGCAGGGUCUAGCUCUGGUGGGGGCGGUGGACUGCAAUGACAAGAAGGCGGCAGGGCCGCUGUGCCAGCGGUACGACAUCAGGGGCUUCCCCACCAUCAAGCUGUUUGGAUCCGACAAGAUCAAGAAUCCGUACACUGGAGAGUACUCUAAGGAACCAACCGACUAUAACGGCCCCCGCACCGCCAAGCCGCUAGCCGAGGCGGUGACGGGUCUGAUGAGUGACCGCCACAUCACCCGCCUGGGUAGUGAGGAGGAGCUGAGGGGCUGGCGGGAGGCGGCGGGGGGCAGGCCGCAGGUCCUCCUCUUCACCAACCGCGACGCCCCCUCCACCCUCUACAAGUCCCUGUCCACCCAGCUGCACUCCCGACUUGUGUUCGCGGAGGUGCACGAGGCCAGUGAGCAGCUGGCUGACGGGUCACGUGAGGUGUACGACGGAGAACUCAAGGCGCCUGCGCUGCUGUCGUACCUCUCCAAGUUUGGCGCCUCCUCGUCUUCUUCCUCUUCCUCCCCCGACUCCUCGUCUUCUGGGGAAGAGGAUGCUGCUAACGGUGCCGCCGCCGGCGACGCUUCGUCUUCCAAGGGGGCCAAGGGCAAGAGUGGCGCGGAAGCGGCUUCAAAGGAACCGGCGUGGUCGUUUGUACGGCAGGUGUCCGGCCUAGCUGAGCUGCCCGAGUGGGAUGCGCGGGAGGACAUGACUCUGCUGGCCCUGCAUGGGGAGGCAGGCGAGGAUGGCUGUCGCGACGCGCGGUCUGCCUUCCUGCAAGCCGCCGGGGAGAUGCAGGCGCUGGUGGACACAGUGC